CGGCUGCUGCAUGGUGCGCCUGCCCAACGGCGAGCGCAUCAAGCUCAACCCCGCCACCGUGCGGGUGCUGCUCGAGGUGGCCGACCUGGCAGCUGCCCUCCCCCCUCCCCGCAAGAGGCGGCAUGGUGUACAUCACACCGGAUGAGGGCCGCAGUCAGCACAGGGGGACCGGCGGCGGCGGCGGCGGCGGCAGCAGCGGGCCGCCUCUGGUGACAGCACGCGUCAGGGCAGCAGCGGUGCAUCUACAUACUUGCGUACUCGCUGGUGCGGGGCUGGGUUUGUGUUGCCGUCUCAGCAGGGAACGUCCGCCUGACCCCCUGGGAGGCCGCCUUGCCGCUGUGUCCCUCCCACCCGCACCUGCCGUACUGGGCACCUCCUGGCCCCCACCGUGCACCCCGCCCGCUAGCAACACCACCCGCUACGUGCGGAGCUGCUGCGGGCGCUGCUGGCGGCGAACCGCUCCGUGCGGGUAUGGGGCCAGGCGGCAUGGGGGGCGCAGUGAGCUGCUGGGGCACUUCCGGGGCUUCAGGCUUGUGUGCGGGCCGAACGUGGCUGCUUCAAGGGGCUGCCGUACGAGCUGCUGCUGCUGCUGGUGCGGGUCGGAUGCGUGUGAGGAGUGCGCGGGCUGGGUAGCAGCGGCUUAACCGCACAUGGCUGUUCCCGGGAUCGCGGGCUGCAGCCCAAGGUUGCGGCAGGGAAGCAGCCUUGCGCGGCAGGCGGGAUCUUGGGCGGGAUGCAGCAGCGGCUGUAUGCGGGAGGCUGCCGGCACCGCCGUUUGGAACCGAAGACCGACUUUCAGUUGCUGCGGGGCGGCAGCACGGGGGCUGCGGGUGCGGGCCCGCAGCAGUGCAGCCGGGUGGUGGCGCAUCAGCCCACCGCUUCCCCCUCCCCUCCUAGCUGCUAGGGAGGGUGUUGCGGCUGGAGACAGGGCCCGGCAUGCGAGGCAGGGUGCCGCUGCUGCCUCCGCCCCUCGGCCCCCCAGCAGCGGAGGCGGAGGCGGCGCAACCCCUCCCUGGCGGUGCCCAUCCAGGAGGCCCUGCGCGGAUGUUGCGGACGCGGCAGGGGCAGCAGGCGGGAACAGUAGUUUGGGGUGGCAGGCUCCCUCCUCCCUCCCCUCCCAGCUGACAGCGGGCGACCUGGAGCGUGAGUUCGGGUACGUGUGGCGGCUGCGGAGGCCGCUGCCCCGGCUGAGGGAGCGGGGGGGGGGCUGGGCCGGCGGGGUGAGGCGGCAGGGGGCGUCCGCAAGAACAAGGG